UAGGGAGUUUUUCAAGAGGUCGCAGAUUACAAUGUACUGGUAUAUGUAAUUUAUCGCCUCUAUAGUGUUAUCGAAAUUCAUUCACAGUAGCGAGCGGUAGAAUUAGAGGAAUAUGCGGAUACUGAUAAUCUUUGCAGUAUAGCUGCAAAGAGCGCUACAACUAGGUCGUUCAUAUAGCUAGUUAAUUUUCUUCGGAGCCCCAUGAAGACACUUAAAAAUAGCAUGAUAGCAGACGGUCCUGACGUUAUACCAUCCCUACCCUCGUAAGAAGCAGUAGCUGCUUGGUAGUUGGGCAAAGGGACUGAUGCCGAAUGCAUUCGGCCCUCUGUGCGUCGAGAGCCCUUCGAAAGCAAUACGUAUAAUAAUCGGUUGCGUUAUAUCAGUGACGUAAAAUUAGAUAAUAUCGAAAGCGUAGAACUCAGUCCCGGUGUUUGCUUAGACGAUAUUUUUGUUAGAUUGGAUGUUUAUUUAUUAAUUAACUUUUGUUGUUGUUACGUAUCGUUACUUCGUUCUCUCAUCUUUUUUACGUCCGUUGCGCGUAUAUCUCUCUAUGGGGGGGAAUCAGGUGCCAACCUAACGUUAAAACGUACGAACCGCCGUACCGGUUAACCCUUAAAGAGGGGUGACCUCGGGAAAUGGGAACGCGUUGCACAGUGAAGUUCUUCGUGAUAGAAGAUACGGGUGUUAACGUAUCGUUUGAUAAACAUUUUAUCCAAGUUACAAAGGGAAAUCGUCAAGGGCUGUUGGCAACAAAGAUUGCGGGAAAUACGAGUUGCUGUUUUGGCGCGCAUUCGCUUUCUCCUCAGCCAGCAGCCAGCAGAUGGCCCUUGCCGACACACACACACGCGUCCCGUUCAGUCUCCUAGCUUAGCCAGUUGCCAGCGCGACCCAGCUCACGAGCCGGCCUCGUGUGCGAACUUGAAUAGUAAUUAUUUUCUUGCCAUUUGGUAGAGUAAAUAUGAUCAAAGUAGGCUCGUAUUAAGCCUCAUUGUAUCCCGCGGACCCUGAUAUUUUUUUAGCCUAGAUCUACCAACGUGUUCAAAAGUUACAGGGAAAAUUGUAGGGCCGUGUGCUCGGUAGAAAAUGGAUACCGCUCGAAUGCUUUAGAGCCAGAGCCUGGCCGCGAGCCCGUAAGAUUUUAUACAUCCUUUGAGGCAUUAAAGCGUCUUAUUAUUUCCAUUUUCAUUUAAAAAACGUGCGACGAACGCAACGUUGUAUUAAUAUGACUAUUAAAAAAAGUCGUUGAAUAUUGUAACGUGUCUCUCCGGAAGAAGACAUUCUCAAAAUACACACAUCUCCGAACCCAACGGCAGAACUGUCACAAUGUCUCGUGUUAGGAGACAAGUGGUCCUCGAAGACCCAGCUGGGUCUGUUACUCCCGAUAUGGCUCACGCCAAAUUAGUUAAAUCAAAGUCAUUGUUUAUCGACGAAGGGUCCAUGGACGAAGUUCAAACGGAAAGGAUAUCUGAGGAAACACCGAGUCCUCAUCUGCAGGACCAUCAGUAUGGUCAAACACCUAGUUAUCAAAUAUCAAGAAGACCCCCACAACCACCCCCACGUGCAGAGAUUUCAGUUCAGGCAGUUAAAAGAAGACUGAAUUUGGAGGUGGGAUCUACAGGGACUAGUCAGUCUGCAUUUAAAGCUCCACGUGGAAAACGCAGACGAUCUGCAUCAAAUUCUUUAACUGGACACACGCCGACUAAAAAUAAGACUGUUGAGAGAACUAGAUACGAUACGUCUUUGAGUUUGCUGACCAAAAAAUUUAUAAAUCUGGUUGAAAACAGUCGUGAUGGUGUGGUGGACUUGAACGUAGCUUCUGAAAAAUUGGAGGUCCAAAAAAGACGUAUAUAUGACAUCACGAAUGUACUGGAAGGAAUUGGUAUACUCGAAAAAAAAAGCAAAAACAAUAUUCAAUGGAAGGGUGGUCAAUUACCAGGUGAGCAGAAGGACGUAGUUGAUCUCAGAAGAGAAGUAGCUUAUUUAGAAGCUAAAGAAAACACAUUAGAUCGUCUGAUUCAUGGGGCUGAAAAAAAUCUGCGUGAAUUAUGCGCUGAUAGAGAAUACGCUUAUGUAACUUACCACGAUUUGCGUUCUGUCAGUGCUUAUCGAGAGCAAGCUAUAAUGGCAGUUAAGGCUCCGCCUGAAGCUACUCUGAACGUGCCUGAGCCAUUGAGUACGUUCGGAGAACCAAGGCUACAAAUAUAUAUGAGGUCUUCGCACGGUGAAAUCGAAGUGUUCUUAUGUCCGGAUGAUCCGGGAUCCAAGGUUCUGAAUAGCCCUAGUCGUUCGACGACGAAUCCUCGACCAAAAAUUUCUGAACUGCCCUCUCUACCUCCUGAACUGCUGGUCAGUGGGGGUGAAGAACAGGUUGACUCUAUAUCCUCCACUACUAGCAGAAACACCACAACCUCAAACAACCCUCCCUCCCCUAUCCCUAUCACUUCCACAGGCUUCAGAGAUGCGCUUCUGUGCGAGUCUGACGAUUUUGGGCCAAUGGGAGGUGGCAGAUUCCAACUCCAGACAGAGGAUCAGAAUGCUGCACCAGAUGUGAGCAUGCUCGAUUUUAAUGAACCGCUACUCUCGUUGGAACCACCUCUUUCAGAGAAUGACUAUUCGUUCUCGUUAGACGUAGGAGAGGGCUUGUCAGAUCUCUACGAUUUCAAGUUCUAGGAACGCCGUUAUUAUUACAGUUUUUUAUUCUGGGUUCGUCUCCGAGUCAAACUUAGGAUUUAUAAAUAUAACUCUGUACCUGAAAACCAUGGAGUUCUAACUCCACUUUAGGCCAAUCAUGAGUUAUCCCUACCUCAAAAAUGAACAUCAAAACUGAAUACUAAUUGUUAGGAAUAAAAACUACCAUCUCAGGUUUUAUACAAAUCAUAGAUCACAAAAUGAGUAGGAAACGUGGUAGAUGCAAUUUAUAGAUUGAUCCCAUUUGUAUUAGAAACAUUAACAUUCUUAGUAUCGCUGAAUGCAGAGCUCAGAAUUCAAGAAUCAAAGUGUAAUUAACGGUAAUAUAAAUACAAAAAUUCUAAUGGGGUCGUUGAUUUUUGUAUUGGCUUCAUCAUCAGUGAAUUAGUUCAUCUUAAAGAGUGGAAUUGGACCUCUGUGGCUCUCCGUUACAGAAAGUGCAGUAGGAUAAAUGGAAGGAGGGUAUGUGCCCAUUACAUGUGCAUGAUAAGUUCAGAAUAUAUGCAUGGCGAAACGAAAUUAAAGUUUCAUAAGCAGAAGAAAAAAAAAACAACCAUCCGCAAUCUUUGAAGCUUGUUUAUUACGUUUAGAAUUAAUCAGCGUCCAAUUCGACGUUGAUUAUGUACGUACCAUUUAAGAAAUGAUUUCAUAUUACAUUUUUAUAUUUUAUCUUGUUUUGAAUUUUAGAAAUUUUUUUUCGUUUAUAUUCUCGGUUGUAAAAAGUCUGUAUUUGUUUCAAACGUACUUUUUUUUUUUGAAUGGUUUCUUGUCAGAAAAAGAAAAUGUUCAUUGUAUUAUUUUGCAAGACUUUUAUUGUGUGUAUAUCUGUGUUAUAAUAAGUUCAUAUACUGGAUGUUGGAGUUUCUCUGUUAUCCAUGCUUGCCUUGGAGCAACCACUCAAGUUUACUGAAAACAAAUUAAAAAUUCUAUUCAAAUAUCUAAUUUACUUCCAGAUUUUCAUUAAUUGUAUUAAGAAAGUUAGCUCAUGAUAUAUAUGUACAUGAUAUAGAUCCAUGAAACAAGGAAAGGAAAACAAUGUCGACUGAUUACAAGAUUUGAUAUCCUUACUGAAAAUGUACUAUUAUCUGAUGACCUAUUACUUGUUAGGUAUCUGUAAUGGAUGGAGACGGACUCGUGCAUCGUACAAGAAAUCCCGUAGGUUAUUCUCACAUGUAAACGCAUAUUUAAUACUUAUAUUGUUAUUAUUACCAUUAUUAUAAUUAUUAUUAUUAUUAUCAUUAUUAUUUUUAUUUUAUUAUAAACAUAUUGUCAUUAUUAUUUUAUUAUUAUUAUUAUUACUAGUAUAUCAUCUUAGAUAUUACCAGGAUAAUGUACUAUUCUGGAACCAAAUAAGAAGCUUGUAAAGUAGAUGUUUCUGUACUGAUAAGUUGAGUGUAAUAUAGUAAAGUGAUGGGCGACGUGUGUUAAAAAUUAAGGUGCACAUUUGUGUCAAGAUAUUUAAUCAACAACCCAAAAAUAACGAGGGAUAAAAUGAAGAUUUUACUGGCGUACACAUUUAUUAACAGGAAAUGAAAGAGAGUAUGACCAGCAUCAGUUAAUUAUUCAGAUCACUUGAUUUGUGAAUCAGCCUGGAAUUAACAUCAACAUCACUAGAAAUGUUAGCACAAUAAAGUUUGCGUUACCUAAGUUGCCGAAUUGAGAGGCAAAUCUGAGUUACCUGUUAAUCUUACAUUUGUGAGCUACUGUACAAAGAUUUUUACUGCGUAACUCGGAAUGCGAAUAGAAAUCUUGAACCACAAAGUUGAUUGGGUCUUUUACUCGCAGAUGAACAGGUCUCAUGUUUGUGGAAAUCCAGGAAAAUAUUUAUUCUAUAGUCCCGUAAGUAUGUGUUACCAAGUGCAUAGAGAAACAUCUUCUUUAGAAGCCUCUUACGGAUGUACACUAACGUAGAACUUAGCGUACGUCCAAAGCCAUAGUGCCUACACAACAAUUAUCACACAUUUCUCAGAAUGUAAAUACUUAACAUAAUAUAACAACAUCGCGACGUCAAGAGGACAGACAGACAAACAUAGCUGACUCUUCAUUAUGGUUAUAAUAGGAUAUAUAUUAAUUAGUUAUUUUUAAUUAUUACAAUCAUUAUCGAAAUAAAAAAAAUGUUAGUUUAUAUGGUUACUUAUUAUAUUGCACUGUAAUCAAAUGCUAUGAAGGGUAAUACAGGACAUUUUCGAGGAGUCCGGUGCUAAUUAAGAUAGGAGACAAAACUAGAUUUACAACUUCGGCGUUCAAUUAUAACACUGAACACGGCAGAGGUGGUUCAGUACAAUUAUUUAGUAUAUCAUAUGAUACUAAGCCAUCGAAUAGCCAUAGUCAUGUCUCUCCCUAUCCGUGGAAGUGUCAAGUAUCACACUAUACUACUAUUUGCUGUACCUCCAACGAGAUGGAAAGAAUUAGAUAAGUUUUUUCCAUAUUUAGUAUGAGCACGCUUUUUUUAUAAGUACUAUAUACGACAGGCAUUCUCCGUUUUUCCCGUGAAUGACCGGAAAUGUUUUCUAUCUACAAAAUUACCAUUGAGAAUUCUGAAGCGACUAAAAUCUAGCACAUACUGUGACUCUUAUGGCAAUCUGUCACCUUACUCCAGUCAUUUGAGUCGUCAUUGAUUCUCAAUGUUGAUUUGGUUUUUUCAAUAGAUAUUUUCUAACGCUAUAUUUAUACUAUGUGCUGCAGUCUGUUAAACAAUUUCAUCAAUGGUUUUGGAAAAGUCUAGUCAGACCUGACCGACGAAUAAUGCGAUUCUCAAAUAUGAAGCUCUUGUUCCCAACAUUCUAACGACACGGAAGAUUCAAUGCAACGUACUUAAUUUGCAAUAUUACCUCUGUUUUUUUUUCGGGAAUGAAGUUGAGAGUUAGUUCAGAAACCUAAUAAUACGUAAGACUUUUAUGGUUCAUGAACGUGCGAUGCAGAUUAUCUAUUAACUGAAAUUUAUGCUGUUCUGAAAUAUUUGUCUUAGAAAGUGCUUCAGUUAAACGAAACACGUGACAUCAGAUUGGUUUAAAACAUUAACUUGGUAUAUUCUAAACUGCCACGAGGGUUGCUCACUUUGAUCGUUGAUGGCAUUAGCUGCUCAUGAACCAUUUGGAUGGAUUACAUAUUUUUUUUUAAAUAUCCGAAAGGUUGAAACUUGAGCUGAGAUUUGAAUUUCGUUCAUGACUAAUGGAACCAUAAGUAUGUAUCCGAAAGUAAAUAUAACAUGGAAUUUAAUUUUUGAUUUCGCUGGGGCCUACAGUCUUGUGUUGUUCACAUCAUAUUUGUCAAACUGCAGUUUGGACAGCGAGGCCAAAAGAAGUGAGAAAUGCUGUAGGGCGCCACAAUUCUUCUUCACGUGAAUGGUAUUUGGCUAAAUCGUUUAACAGACUGCAGUUUACAAUCGGUUUGAAAAAUAAGCAUAAUAAUUGAUACACCAAAAUGUACCAACGGGCUAGUGUGCCGAAAGUCGGAUCUCCCGGCCAUACCUUGCUGAACACCAGAACAGAAUGUUAUGAAAUAUACCCUUGUGUAACGUGAUGCAAAAAUA